GGCCCUGAGGAGCGGAGUCCUGGCCUGGAGGAGGAAGAGGCGGUGGCAGCGAGGGCGCCUACUGGAGGAGCGCUGUUGGGAGCUGGCCUCACUAGAGGCCGGCUGAGGAAGGCUUCGCUUCCGGCUGCGAAAGAACCCUGCGAAAGGCUGAGGAUAGGCCUUCCGCGAUAGCCUUCGCCCCCGCCGUCGGACUGAAUGGGGCUGCGAGUUGUUCGACUGCUCCCUCUCUUGAAAAAAAAUCGCCGCUAUCAUCUCCCCGUCUGGUGAUCGUGAAGCCUCCGCCGCCGCCUGUCUCACUUCGUUGUCUGCAGGAAGCCUCGGCGUUGCCAGCCUCUUUCGGUGCAGCAGUAUCGUGGGUGUUGGUGGGAGAGGGCGCUGUAGAAUCCAGCGCGUCCAGGAACAAGGCAGGGUGGGACGCAGGGGGCGCUAAUGUUUUCCAUUUGGGGCCAGGCUGGAUGAGGAGGGUGGCCCCCCACAUAUAGAGGCCUGUGGCUUAAGCAGCUGUCAACCCUGUUUGGGUGUUAUGCCGAAGAAAGCGAUGGAGUUGAUAGUGAAUGUGCGCUAAGACAAGACUGGGGUCACCUGCCCACCAGAUCCUUCCCUCUCCCUUAAUCCAAGUCUCUGGGAUCAAGGACCUUGACUUGUGAGGCAGGGUUUUUGGGUAUAAACAUGAACAGAUACCUUCCUGUAGCUCGGCAACAUUUCCUGGCUGCACUAGCCAGCACCAGUGUAGUGGUGAAGUCCAUCUGUGCCAUCGUCAUUUUGCUCUACCUUCUCUCUUUUGCUGUGGACACUGUGUUUGGACUUGGGGUGACACCUGGGUAUCUCUUCCCACCCAACUUCUGGAUCUGGACGUUGGCAACCCACAGCGUUGUGGAGAAACAUAUCUGGAACGUAGGUGUGAGCCUUGCCACUAUAGUUGUGGCAGGACGUUUACUGGAGCCACUAUGGGGAGCCCUGGAACUUUUGAUCUUCUUUGCAGUGGUGAAUGUUUCUGUUGGACUUCUGGGGGCAUUUGCCUAUCUUCUUACCUAUAUGGCAUCAUUCAAUCUCUCUUACCUGUUUACCAUUCGCAUUUAUGGCAUGUUGGGUUUCCUUGGUGGUGUCUUAGUGGCCCUCAAGCAAACCAUGGGUGACAGUACUGUCUUGAAGAUACCUCAGGUGCGGAUGAAGGUUGUUCCCAUGUUCUUGCUUUUGAUCCUGGCAGUUUUAAGAUUGACCACCCUUAUUGAAAGCAAUGUCUUGGCUUCUUAUGGUUUUGGGGUUCUCUCCAGUUGGAUAUAUCUUCGUUUUUACCAGAGACACAGCAGAGGACGUGGUGAUAUGUCAGACCACUUUGCAUUUGCCACAUUCUUCCCUGAAAUCCUACAACCAGUGGUUGGCUUGUUGGCUAACCUAGUGCACAGUGUCUUGGUGAAAGUGAAAGUCUGCCGGAAGACAGUAAAGCGUUAUGAUGUCGGUGCCCCUUCUUCCAUUACCAUCAGCUUGCCUGGAACAGAUCCGCAGGAUGCUGAACGAAGGAGACAACUGGCCCUAAAGGCACUGAAUGAGCGGUUGAAGCGUGUGGAAGAUCAGUCAGCAUGGCCUAGCAUGGAGGAUGAUGAAGAGGAAAGUACCAAGGCUGACACUCCAUUGCUACCAGAGAAGAGUCGGGACUUUGCCACUGCAGGAAAAGCAACUGGCCAGGAAUCCAGCAUCAUUACCUUUGAAGAUGCCCCCUCUCAGUUGUGACCAUGAAGCACCUGCUCUCCCUUUCUGCCUGUUCCUGUAUGUCAGAGCUGCUAAUGACCCUUUCUGUGCUCUCCCUCACAGUGCUGCCUGUUUUGCAGGGAGUGAAACACUAAGCCUGCCAGCCCUUGGAGGCUACCUCCUCCCUUUCGACAUUUAUUAGCCACAUGUGGCUGAUGCCAGGUCUCAGAACUCCCCGGUGAAAACUGUGAACUGUUACACAGACCUGGGAUUUUGUUGGUUCUCUUCAGAGAGGUGCCUGGAACUGAAACUUAGAAUUGGCAGGGAAGGAAGAAGAAUCCACAUCGCUUCAGUUCAGUAUGGAGCAUCCCAUCUGAAUAAAAAAUCCUGCGAAAUCACCCCAACCAGUAGCUGCCAUUGUGGCUAUUAACACAUGUCUGUUCUGUGUGUAGCUCCUUUUGACGGCAGUUCUGGUUAAUCUAAAUAGGGCCCUGUCCUGUUGGGUCCACUCAUCCUUUUGAACUUCAAGGGCCAGGCUAUUACAUCAGCCCAACCAAGGUAACAAAGAGCAAGCUCAGCAAGUGAUAUGACACUUUCCCUCCUAAUUUCAUUUUAUUUUAGUAGCAAUCGUUGUCAAAAAAUAACUAUAGCCUUUUCCUUCCAUAGUUUUGUUAUUGAUUAAAUGAGCAUGCACUGCUUUUAAAAAAAAAAAAAACAACAAACCUUUGAUUGUAUUUACCUUUCCCCUCCCUGCUCCAAAAAAGUUUAGUAACCUUGGUGAGCCCUGCCAAAACCAGCUGCUGGAUUGUGUUCUUACAGAACCAGCAGUUGAAAUCCUUGUAAUCACAUUGUAACCACUUAGGUUCACCCCUUGAAUUUUUGAAAAUGAAGAUUUUGGGAAUAGAAAACAGCUUGUUUCUAGUAUGUGAACUACCACGUGAAAAAGCAUCAUCUGAGACUUUACAUAGGACUCCUAGAGGGAAUUAAUUUUGUUAUUCCUUGACUUUUUUCUUUGUUUCCCUUUGCAGUGAUUCAAGUGGUAAAGCAGCUUCUGUCUUAGGUGGGGUGUCAGCGCAUUCAGGGGCUUUCAGAAUGAACUUUUUUCCUACAGUAGAAUAUAUGUUUCUAGUUCAGUUUUAUUUUUAAAGGUGCUUCUUGUGGGCCUCUUGACAACUCCUCUGAUGCCUGCUUUUUCUCUUUGGUUAGAUCAUUAUCCUCUUCCUCUCCUAUGGGCUGAGAUGCUUCUUUGUGGGGCAACGAGCCCUAAGAUGUUUCGCCUUGACACCUAGCCUCCAAAUGGUAUUCCUCUCCCAGUUGGGGGACUGGGUGGGGGACACAGCAGAAUGGGAAAAAGUGUGACACAGUGUUGUGAUAAUUUUUUUUAAAGGACCACAUGAGAAGGUUUUUGUCAACCAGGAAAUACACAAAUUUCAGUAUCAAUAAACAGUCUUUCAAAGAGUG